UAAAUGAGGUUAUAAUUUUUAGAAUGUAAAUAUUGAUACUAGAAUGUUAAGUAAUGUAUUUAUUCUGGUUUUAAUUCUACAAAUUUUGAAAACAAAUACAGAAGAACCUUUCGAUCCACGAGGACCAUUAGUUAAUUGUAGUUUUCUUCCAUUUGAAUUCAUAGAAUGUCAAGAACCAAUCGAUCACAAAGGAAAUAUAACGGCCCAAAAGGAAUUACAAUACGGUUGCGUAAAAUUCGGAGGAAUGAAAUAUCACGACGUAGAAAGGACUAAAGUCGUGUGCAACGUUUUACCUAAUAUAGAGUGUUAUGGAAACAGAACUUUUUUCAGAGAAGGUGUACCAUGCAUAAAGUAUUCGAAUCAAUACUUCACCACUACUUUAUUGUAUAGUAUUUUGUUAGGAUUCUUAGGAAUGGACAGGUUUUGUUUGGGACAAACGGGAACAGCUGUGGGAAAGUUAUUAACAAUUGGGGGAUUGGGGAUUUGGUGGAUUGUUGAUAUUGUAUUACUUGUUAUGAAUUACCUAACUCCUGAAGAUAACAGCAGCUGGAAUCCUUAUGUUUAAAAUAAAAUUUUAUUAGUUCUUUUGAUGUAUUCAUUUUUUAUGAAGAUUCCUGUAUAUAAAAACAUUAAUUGGAAAAAUACCAUUGCAUAAAACUAUUAUGUUUAAUUAAUAAAAAAUAAUUAUAAUUAACACCCAUAUUAUAACUUGUGAUGGUUCACUUAUUGCCGAAAUGGAAUUAUA